AUGUCUGAGUACUUUUCUAAAUUGGUAUCCAUCCAUUCCUAACUUUUAGUUUAGAGCCACCAGUCCCAAAACGAAUAUGCGUCAUUCCUAAAGUAUGUAAAUAAUCAAUUGUACGAGUUAGGAAAAUAACUACCUAAAGAUUUUGCUUAAUAAAUACUCGAUAAUGACAUUAUACUCGUGCUUAGUGAAUAUACUAAUGAUGAUGCACUUAGAAAUUUAAUUAAUUUGUAUAUGGUAAAUUAUUUUCAUAUUUUUCAUCUUUAGUUAGGAGUUGAACAUUUUAAAGAAAUUCAAGAUUAAUCAUACAAAUAUUUUCAAAUUCAAUUAAAUAAAUUAAUACUUAAUCCAGUUGUUACUCAACCUAAUCUACCGUCUCAAUAAAAGACACCUCAAUCUCCCAUUAUUAAGAAAAAAAAUCUAGCACCUCCUAAAAUAGAUGUUAAUAUUCAUUAAGAACAUCAAGAAAAUUAAGAUCAUUAAAUACAUUAAGAUUUAUAAUAUUCUAAAACUGCUUAAAUUAUGAGAGAUACUAAAACAUCUACAUUCAAUUUUAAUGAUGAUUCAAUUACUUAAAAUCAUAAUUUAAAAAUUAAUAAACAUAAUAAUAAUACUUCUAGUGUUGAUUUUGAUCAUGAAUAAUAAUAAUAAAAUGAUAUUCAAAAUAGAGUAUAAUCAUAAUAAGAUGAACGAAAAGAAAAUAUGACUUUAGAUUUAAAAUAACAACUAUUCUUAUUUGAUGAAAAUAAAGAAGCAAGUGAUCUUAUUGAUUAAUAUAAAAGUGAUUAACUCAAAAUUGAAAAAAUUAAAAAUGAAUAAAUUAGCAAAUAAACUACUGCAUUCCUUAUGAAACUAUCUCAAAGAAAUAAUAAAAAAAAAUUUAAUACUUAAAUUGUUACUAAUAUCAAUAGAUAUAACUCUUAACCAACUUUCUAAAAUUAAAAUGAAUCUAAAUCAGAAUAACGGCCCAUUCAAGACUAAAUUAUAUUUGAAGAUAAAAAUGAAUCAAGUUCUAAAAUCCUAUCUAGUGAAAAAAAUACUAAUAAAUUUUAAUUUGAUGAAUUAUAAGAUACUUGA